AUGGGGGAUGACCAGCCGGCGGAACGUGAACAUCCUGUUUACGGCUCGUGGACAGCUUGGGCACGUUCUUUUGUCCAACAUGUCGACUCGACGACAGUGGCGGAUGGUGGGUUUGUGCGCGUACCAGCCAAUGACCGCCCAGCGCCUCGGACCCCGAUGAUCAUUCGCACAGAUGCGCAAGGUCAUCCUGUGGAUGAGCAUCAACGCGAGCUACUAGAUAAGCAGCGCGCCGUCAUCGAUACCAUGACGGAAAAGCCGCCUUAUACCAUUGUGUAUGUGCCACCGAACCUGAGACUUCGAACUCUUGGCAUUGUUGGCUUCGUGUGGGCACUCAGCUUGACAUUCAUCACUUUGGGUAUCGGAAUCCCCCUUGCGAUCGGGCGGAUCUUGUCAUACUGGAAUUCUUGGCUGCGCGUGCAUGAUGUAUAUACCUGGUCCGGCGGCUUUUUGGUACUUGCUGUGUUGAGUGCUGUGAUCCGAGCGUAUUUCUACGUGACGAAAGAGCCACGACGUGCACGCCCGACGAGCCAAGCAUCCAAAGUCAUGUCGCUUCUGCGCAGCGUUGCGCGCGUCACGUAUAAUCUAGCGACGCUCGGCGGUGUUGUGCCGCUUUUAACUGGCAUCGUCUUGUUCCAGUACUUGACUUUCCCCAGUGCAGAUGGCCAGGUACCCAAGUUUUCAGCAUGGUAUGCAUGGUCGUAUGGAGCGCUGGUACUGAAUGCGAUUAUCGUUCCGGCAGUGAUAUGGUUGCCUCACGUCGAGAAUGUCCAGUGGUAUAUUCAAACCCUAGUGAGUAUUAUCUGA